UGACGUCAGUAUGCGCCGGUCCGCUCCCCCCGCCCCCUUUGGGAAUUAUGUAGGAUUUUCUCCAGGAGCUCGCGUUCUAUCGGUGGAACGCUGGCGAUUGAUGUGUCGCGCGCCCCCACCAUCCCCGGAGCGCUGCAGCCGCGGGCCCCAAGCUGCGUUCUCAGGCGUCUGCACUAGGGGCUGGUUGGCCCUGCGGCUUCUCCUGGGGUCUGAUCAGCCCGGCUCCUCCGGCUGCCGCGGCAGGUGAUUGCCCAGGUGGCUUGCCCUGCCGCCUGCCCGGUUGCAGAAGCAGCAGGAGGGUCUGUAGUGCGUGGUUGCGCAGCCUACUCGUCCGUCUGGGAUCUUGGUUAGGGCAGUUCGGUGUGUUAUAAUUGGCUUCCUUUGGCUGCUGUGCAUGGGCCUGCGUGAGUCCUGCCAGCCUUUGUUUUCGUGGUGGUGAGAGGAGGGGAGCAUGGCAGCCUCUGGGUCGGAAAAAAGCAACAAGAAGAAAACAGAGAAGAAACUUGCAGCCCGAGAAGAAGCUAAACUGCUGGCGAGCUUUAUGGGAGUCAUGAAUACCAUGCGAAAACAGAAAACUCUCUGUGAUGUCGUUCUCAUGGUACAGGAAAGAAAGAUCCCAGCUCAUCGUGUUGUGCUUGCUUCAGCCAGUCACUUUUUUAACUUGAUGUUUACUACAAAUAUGCUUGAAUCAAAGUCCUUUGAAGUGGAACUAAAAGAUGCAGAGCCUGACAUUAUUGAACAGCUUGUGGAGUUUGCUUAUACUGCGAGAAUUUCCGUUAAUAGCAAUAACGUCCAGUCUUUACUAGAUGCAGCAAACCAGUAUCAAAUAGAACCUGUGAAAAAAAUGUGUGUGGAUUUUUUGAAAGAGCAAGUGGAUGCUUCAAACUGUCUUGGUAUAAGUGUAUUAGCAGAAUGCCUAGACUGUCCAGAACUGAAGGCCACUGCAGAUGACUUUAUCCAUCAACAUUUCACUGAAGUUUACAAGACAGAUGAGUUUCUACAGCUUGAUGUUAAACGUGUGACACAUCUCCUGAACCAGGACACACUGACUGUAAGGGCAGAAGAUCAGGUUUAUGAUGCAGCAGUCAGGUGGCUGAAGUAUGAUGAACCUAACCGCCAGCCAUACAUGGUCGACAUCCUUGCUAAAGUCAGAUUUCCUCUUAUAUCGAAGAACUUCUUAAGUAAAACCGUACAAGCUGAGCCACUUAUUCAGGAUAACCCUGAAUGCCUUAAAAUGGUGAUCAGCGGAAUGCGAUAUCAUCUGCUGUCUCCAGAGGACAGAGAAGAGCUAGUGGAGGGCACGCGGCCACGCAGGAAAAAACAUGAUUACCGCAUUGCCUUAUUUGGAGGCUCACAGCCACAGUCUUGCAGAUACUUUAAUCCAAAGGAUUACAGCUGGACAGACAUCCGAUGUCCCUUUGAAAAGCGCAGAGAUGCAGCUUGUGUCUUCUGGGACAAUGUAGUUUAUAUUUUGGGUGGCUCCCAACUCUUCCCUAUAAAGCGAAUGGACUGCUACAAUGUGGUGAAGGACAGCUGGUAUUCCAAACUGGGACCUCCAACGCCUCGAGAUAGCCUUGCAGCCUGUGCUGCGGAGGGCAAAAUUUAUACGUCUGGUGGUUCAGAAGUGGGAAAUUCUGCUCUGUAUUUAUUUGAAUGCUAUGAUACAAGAACAGAAAGCUGGCACACAAAGCCCAGCAUGCUGACUCAGCGUUGCAGUCAUGGGAUGGUGGAGGCAAAUGGCCUGAUUUACGUAUGUGGAGGAAGCUUGGGAAACAAUGUUUCUGGAAGGGUCCUGAAUUCCUGUGAAGUUUAUGAUCCAGCAACAGAAACGUGGACUGAGCUAUGUCCAAUGAUAGAAGCCAGGAAGAAUCAUGGGCUGGUGUUUGUAAAAGACAAAAUAUUUGCUGUGGGUGGACAAAAUGGCUUAGGUGGCCUAGACAAUGUGGAAUAUUAUGAUAUUAAGAUGAAUGAAUGGAAGAUGGUGUCGCCAAUGCCGUGGAAGGGUGUAACAGUGAAGUGUGCUGCUGUGGGCUCUAUAGUCUACGUCCUGGCUGGCUUUCAGGGUGUGGGCCGAUUAGGGCACAUCCUUGAAUAUAAUACUGAAACAGACAAGUGGGUAGCCAACUCCAAAGUCCGUGCUUUCCCAGUGACAAGUUGUUUAAUCUGUGUUGUUGAUACUUGUGGAGCAAAUGAAGAGACAUUAGAGACAUGAAAGCCUCAAGGAGAGGUCAGGACAUUUUUCAAAGACUUGGAAAAGAUGCCAUCGGUGCUUUGCUUCUGUGUUUUAUUGAUUCUUGUUAAACUGAAUAAUCUGAAAAACUGA